UUUCAGUCUCACAACGGCUUUCAGCAGCGACGCGCGUACAACGGCGAACCGUUGCAAACGACACAGCAUUCGUUUGGGUAAACAAGUGAGAAAAUAGUAAUAAUAAAUGCUUUAGAUACGAAAAAAUAAAGACGUUUCAGCAACAGCCACAUGCGAGAGACGCAAGCGUGUAGAAAGCAGCAGUAAAAGUGCGGGAGAACGGCGCUUAAGAUUCGUUAAGAAAAGCUGUGUAGGAAAAGCGUACUUUUUCAAGCGCGUAUUCCAGAAACUAUCAAAUCACUAGACACACAUACAGCGAAAGCAUAAACAAAGCGCUGUGUGUAUUGGUGAGCAGCAUUAGCAUUGCUUUAAGCGCAGAUUAAAUUAGCUAAUUUCGCGUAAAUUACAUUGAAAUAAAAGCAGGCAAUUCUAAGAUAAGCUGGCAGCGCGCAGUUGAUCUACUUCAGUUGCACCGAUUGAGACUGACUUGAAAAGCAGAGAAGCCUGGCGUGCAGCGGCGCGACGCAGUAAUUGCUCUGGGAGCUUUUCCAACCAGCAGCGAAGGGAAUAUGACAAACAAGGCAGACAGAUAAAGAAAUUGAUAAAUAUUGCAACACAAAUAACAACAAAUACAAAAAGCAACCACACACGUGCGCCACUGCUCACACACAUACCUACAUGCAACGUUUAACCCACCAACGAGCACAAAGCGAAAAAGCGAGCAUUUAAAGAAUUGAGUGACAGUCGCAUAUGAACCAGUGGCACUGAGCGCUGACAAUGACAAUAUCCGAAGCAGCGGAAACGGAUAUCAAUGCACUGUAAACCAGCGCGUGAAUGCCAAAACUGACAACAGUGACGAGCGGCAAUUUACAAUCCUUGCGCCCGCACAACUCGCCCCACUUAACCCUUCACAGCGCGACAGCGGAGAUGGCCGGCAGCGCGCGCGCGUCAAAUUUCGAUGGUCAGAGUGCAAGCAAUAAAUUAUUGCGCGCUUUAAUCGACGACAACAACAACCACAUCGAAGCUGACGAUAACCAUAACACAAGCAUAUCGAACAAUUUGAGCGCAACCAUCACUUCGGUCGGUUCAAAUGCGACGCGCGUUUUGUACACAUACUUUCAAAAUAUCACCGACCCGCAAGGCUAUGCGGCCGUGGCCAACACGACGACGACAACAACAGCGGCAGUUGUCAGUGGGAGCGUCAUCGAUAGCGCCACAACAGAAAGGCUCCACAGUUUCGACAGCAAUGCCACUGAACCACAAAUUGGCAGCAACGAUCUGUCGGCGACAGCGCGAAGUGUGGGCGCCACAGUGCUCAGCACGGCCAAAACAUUGCUGCAAGCACCAAUCAGCGCGUCCGCGAAUGCUACGCGUGCAGCAACGGCUUUGGCGAAUGCAACCGCGUCUAUUUCAGCCUCCGCCGCAACCUCUGCCACCGAACUGCUGAACUCGACGCUGUCGCGUACGCUGACGACGAGCGGGAGUGGCGCUAGUGCGGCGCCCAGCAGCAUUGUUUUGACCACCUCGCCCAACGUCACUUACCUGCCACAUCAGGUCGCCAUACGCAGCUUCGAGGACUGCGCAGCGCUCUUCGCCAAUUACACGCAGCCGCAGAAUGGUGUUUUCUGCAACUGGACCUGGGACCUGUUUCUCUGCUGGCCACCGACGCCGGCUGGCGUGUUGGCGCGCAUGCAUUGUCCGCCCGUCGGACACGGCAUUGACACAACAAAGUUCGCGAACCGCAAAUGCGAGCUGGAUGGCAGCUGGGGUCGCCGUCCGAAUGACACGCAGAACAACACGAACGGCUGGACGGACUAUCAGCCCUGCUUCAAGCCGGAAGUGAACGACAUGCUGCAGCGUGUGGAUGAUAUUGAUGUCUUCUUGGACAUCGCACGACGCACGCGCACGCUGGAGAUUGUUGGACUCAUAUUGUCGCUGAUCGCCCUGAUACUCUCGCUCAUUAUAUUCUGCAAAUUCUCUUCACUACGAAAUAAUCGCACGAAAAUUCACAAGAAUCUCUUCAUCGCAAUGGUCUGUCAAGUGAUCAUACGACUGACACUGUAUCUUGAUCAGGCGUUUCGGCGUGGCAGUCAACCGGCCACGUCGAAUACGAGCACAGCGGGAAUUGAAAACACGCCCUACCUCUGCGAGGCUUCCUAUGUGCUCCUAGAGUACGCUCGCACCGCCAUGUUCAUGUGGAUGUUCAUCGAGGGUCUGUACCUGCACAAUAUGGUGACGGUAGCCGUGUUUCAAGGUCGGUUUCCGCAUAAGAUUUUCUCUCUACUCGGCUGGGGUCUGCCCGUACUAAUGACCACCGUCUGGGCCAUAUGUACAGCGAUGUAUACGGACAGCGCACACGACUGUCUAUGGAACUACAAUUUGACGCCGUACUAUUGGAUACUGGAAGGACCACGUUUCAUUGUCAUAUCGCUCAACUUCUUCUUCCUGAUGAACAUCAUACGCGUGCUGGUGAUGAAAUUACGCCAGAGUCAAGCCAGCGAUAUCGAACAGACGCGCAAAGCGGUACGCGCCGCCAUUGUCCUGCUGCCGCUGUUGGGCAUCACAAAUCUACUGUACCAAGUACCUGCAUUGAACCUGAAACCACCAUGGAAAUUCGCCAUGUGGUCCUACGUGACGCAUUUCUUAACCUCAUUUCAGGGAUUUUUCAUUGCCUUGAUAUAUUGCUUCCUAAAUGGUGAGGUGCGCACCGUUCUACUGAAAAGCCUCGCCGUCUACAUGUCCGUACGCGGCCACCCCGAAUGGGUGCCCAAACGUGCCUCUAUGUUCUCUGGCGCCUACAACACUGCACCCGACACCGAGGGCCAAGGCGGUGGCACGCCGCAGGAUGGCAAAAGAAACGAUCAAUCGCCCACCACACGCCGCCUGAAUGGUCGCCGCUACAGCGCCGCCAACACCGUGCACAUACCGGCGCGACGUCUCUCCAGCGGCAGCACCUACCGCCAGCAGCGACGCGUCAGCAAUCACAAUAACAACAACAACAUUGGCAUACACAACACUCGCGCUCAGAGCAACACUGGCAGCGGCAGCAGCAGCAGCACCGGCGGCAGCUGGCUUUUGACGCUGUGCUUUGGCGGCCAAAAGGUACUAAGAGUACCGCCAGCGUCAACCGUACCACCCGAAACAAAUGUGUGAUGUCUAGCAAAAAAAUGCCUACACAAAUAUUUAUGACGACAAAACGAAAGGCAGCAACGAUUUACGCCACUGAAGUGGGGCGUCAGUGAGCCGGAAACGGAGCGUCUCGCGCUGGAAGCCCGCUAGCGCAUGUGUUUUUUAGUCUAAUUAACUAAUUUAACUAAAAUUAUAUAACUUAAGCAAACAGUUAAACUAAGGAAUUGAGCAACCGCUGAGAGUUUACUAGCUUAUGAAGAUUGACGAGGAAAGCAGCGCGUAUUAGCUGCAAACGGCGCAAUCGGUGAGCCGGCAAAGUAGAUGAAUUCAAUUAGAUUCGGAAAAGUAAAAUUUUGUAGCUCUAAGCAUAUGUUAGCUAUUGUUAGACGCUUCCAGUUUGCGGCCAGUGACUGUACUGCUACAGCACAAACAUAUUUUAUACUUCUUUUUGUACAUAAGCCGUUAGCUUUUACUGUAAACAUUGUAACUAAAAUGAGUAAAAAUCUUUCGAAUAGUCUUGCUCGGCUCGAAAACUCAACUGAAGGCUCCUAUAUAGUAUUAAUAAUAAUAAAAAUAAGUGUUUCACAAUACUAAAUACUGCUCUAACGGUACCAACUACAGUUAGAAUUUACUAUACUACAAGUGAUUGCUGCUCAAAAAUUGUGUUUUAAUUUUUUGUUAAAAGCUUUCCGUUAGAAGAAGAAAAAGCAUGGGUUCGAGCGCCUAAAAGUAGGCGGUACUAAGCAUGUAUGUAGUAAACGUUUAGCCUACCUCUAGGCGUAUCUUUUGUUAAAACAGCUUUCACUAAUUUAAAAUACUCGAGUUAGAAACACAAUACAAACUAAACUACACUCAGCUCAAAAUCAAAAUGUAAAACUGGAAUAUAUUAUAAUACUAAAAACGCCAAAAAUUAUAAGAGAUUUGAGAUUUAGUAUAUAUAUGUAUGUAUAUAGAUAUAUAUAAUGUGGAACACAAAUAUUUUAACUAUAGAUACACCUUACACGCCCACAGGGCACAGUAACACUAGAGUUUAAUCAAAUUAUAUUUACAAAAGAAUAUUGCAACUAAUGAAAUGUAAAAUGUAUAGAUAUACUAUAUAUAGAAACAGAGAGAGAGAGAGAAAGAGAGUGGAAAACGAGUCCGCAAAUAUAUUUACAAGAUAUUCACAUACAAAAGAAUGCAUAGCAGAAUUUUCAAAACAAAAAUAAAAUAAAAAUAAAAUCAAACUAACCGCAACGUUGGCGCAUAAAACCAGAAGUAGCACGAUAAGGCAUAUACGACACAAAAGCAUAUCAUCACCUAAAAUGCAAAAUAACGUAACAUCACUUUUCAUAAGUUUACAGGCGAACGAAAAACGUUAGAAUAGAAACCACUAAUAUUGAAACAAUAUUCGAGUUUUGGUUAUAAAGUGGUUAUAUAUUGGUUAUAAAAUGGUUAUGUAUUGGUUAUAAAAUGGUUAUGUAUUUGUUAUAUAUUGGUUAUAAAAUGCUUAUAUAUUGGUUAUCAUAGACUCAUAUUGUAACAAAAUUUUAGUUUUCGUUAUAAAGUGGUUAUGUAUUGGUUAUUAUAUCGGAAAACGAUUUUAAAUUUUUUUUUGGAUGAUACGUUGUUUUGCAUUUUUGGUGACAAUAUACAGAGUGACUAACAGCGUUUCAUUUGAAUCGGCGAAUUAUUAUUGUACUAAAGCGCAAGUAAUAUUUUAUGUAAGCUGACGAAAAUAUUUACUUUUUUUUACCGUAAACAUUUUUGUUAAUCAUUAUUCCCUCGGGUUGCUAACUUUUGUGUAAUGAACAUAUUAUGUAACUAAUUGUAUAUAAAUUUCUACAAAUAAGUUCGUAUUUGGGUAACACGAAUGAACAAGAAUUUUAUUUUAAUUAUUCAAUAAAUGUUGCAUUUUUUCUAGAAAAUGUUUUUUGAUGUGGCCA